GAAAGAAUCCUUUUUAGAUUUCAGCGCUCAGGAAUGUGUUUGCACAGCUUUGCCUUUUGAUCCAAUUUUAUCGUCGUAUUAAUAAAAAUUGUCGAUUACGCUGCAGUUGCAAUAGCAGCUUGCAUUGUUUUCGUUUAUUUGGAAGAGCGCUCCUGUGGUGCAGGUUGCCUUGCGCCAUUACACCGAGCAUCGGUUGGGAUGGCUUGGAGAUCCAUAGGACUAAACAACGCCGAUCUGGUGCGGCAGCUGCGAGAGUAUAAAAUCAUUAAAAGCGACGCGGUAGCCAAAACGAUGGCUGCCACUGACCGGAAACACUAUAUGCCAUCCAAUCUAAACCCGUACAUCGACACUCCGCAGAGAAUCGGCUACGGAGCAACCAUAAGCGCGCCGCAUAUGCAUGCCUAUGCUCUGGAACUAUUGGAGAGCUACCUGAAGCCGAAUAGCCGGGUACUGGAUGUCGGUUCCGGAUCGGGUUAUCUCACCUCCUGCUUUGCGCGCUACAUCCACGAUCAACCCAACGCAACGGGGUUCGUCGUUGGUAUCGAACAUCAUCCGCAGCUGGUGGAACAGGGCCGCAAGAACAUUGGUGUAGAUGACCAAACACUGAUCGAUACGGGCAAAGUGAUACUGAUCGAAGGAGACGGCCGGCUGGGCUGCAUGGAGUAUGCUCCGUACGAUUGCAUACACGUUGGGGCGGCCGCGCCAAAAACACCGGAAGAGCUCAUCAAUCAGCUGAAGCCGGGUGGCAGGCUAGUAGUGCCGGUCGGUCCGGAUGGUGGUACGCAGUAUCUGGAGCAGUACGAUAAGCAGCCGGACGGCACGGUUGUCAAUACACGGCUGAUGGGCGUCAUGUACGUCCCCCUUACCGAUCUCAACGCAUGAUGCCACCCGAGGGAGUGGAUUCAGUACCUAGCGAAGCUAGCAGUUGUAGCGAUCCUUCUUGGUUUUGCUUACAAAGUAGCGAGGGUGGCUUUGGUUUCAAACUAGAUGCUUAAUUUAUAUUAUCGAACAAAAUCCUUGUGAAUACAAUAAUGAAUUCUCCUGUAUCCGAUUCCACUUUCCGAUUAAAACAGGUCCGUUACAAAGACGCGUAAAAUAUGUUACUGUUAUUAGUUAGUGCUUUGAGUAAAAUGGUAUUUAUGACAAAAAUAUUAUUACAUGACAAAAAUAUUUAAAAAAAACGCUUACUGUAUACCGGUAAACCUGGUAUAUCUCGAA